CUGUCGCAAUCACGAUAAGCAGACACAGCAGCGCACUGCACUCUUUCUUCUCUGCAAGCUGCACAUCCUCCUCCGACUCCCGGACACGACAGGGCAGCAGCCAAGCCCAGAGCAAACAAUCCCAGUGCGAUUCGCCGAUUCGCUUCCGUAUCACCUGCAGCCCCCACCGGCGGAUCCAUCGCCCCGUAGGCCGUUAACCGUAACCUUCCGCCGGCCGCUUCCAUGGCGGCCGUGGCCUCGGCCGCGCGGCCGCCAACGCCAACACCGGCGCCGCCGCCGGCGCGGCUGGGGUCGCUGUGGUCGACGCUGGAGGACCAGCGCGGGGCGGCGGUCCCGCUGCUCUCCUCGGCCUGGACCCUGCCGACCACCUCCCAGGACGGGGAGCAGGAGCAGCAGCCCAAGGAGGGUCUGCUCCGGCGGGCUGGCGGCGCCGUGGCCCGCUGGUGGGGCGCGGCGUGCGGCGCGGUGGCGGAGCUGUGGGCGUUCGCGCGGGCCGACCCGCGGAAGCCCGUCUUCGCGGGGAAGGUCGCGCUCGCGCUCGCGCUCAUCUCGCUGCUCGUCUUCCUGCGGGAGCCGCGCGACAUCGUCAGCCACUCCGUCUGGGCGAUCCUCACCGUCGUCGUCGUCUUCGAGUUCAGCAUCGGUGCAACCUUAAGCAAAGGAUUUAAUCGGGGAUUGGGUACGCUAACUGCAGGAGCUUUUGCUCUAGCUGUUGCAGAAUUGUCCAAACAUCUGGGAAAACUGGAGGAAGUGAUUCUUAUAACAAGUAUCCUUAGUGUUGCCUUUGUCACAACCUUGACAAAGCUGCAUCCGAAGAUGAAGCCGUAUGAGUAUGGAUUCCGUGUGUUCUUGUUGACAUUCUGUUAUGUUAUGGUCUCUGGGUACAACACUGGGAAAUUCACUGAUACAGCUACAAGCAGAUUUAUAUUGAUUGCUAUUGGUGCUGCUGUCAGUCUUGGAAUCAAUAUAGGCAUCUACCCAAUCUGGGCAGGAGAGGAUUUGCACAACUUGAUAGCAAAGAAUUUCACUGGUGUUGCAAAAUCCUUGGAAGGUUGCGUUGAUGGAUAUUUGAGAUGCAUGGAAUAUGAAAGGAUUCCUUCAAAAAUACUUGUGUAUCAAGCAUCUGAUGAUCCUCUAUAUAGUGGGUACAGGGCAGCUGUUGAGGCAUCAGCACAGGAAGAAACCCUGCUUGGUUUUGCUAUAUGGGAGCCACCCCAUGGCCGUUACAAAACAAUGAACUAUCCUUGGAGGAGUUUCACCAAAGUUAGUGGAGCAUUGAGGCACUGUUCCUUUGCAGUCAUGGCAUUACAUGGUUGCAUUCUUUCAGAAAUUCAGGCACCACCAGAAAGCAGAAGGGUAUUUGCUGCAGAGAUUCAAAGAGUGGGACAUGAAGGAGCUAAAGUGUUGCGCGAGCUUGGAAGCAGAGUUAAGACAAUGACCAAGCUGAGUUCUUCAGGUAUUCUGUUCGAAGUUCACAUGGCAGCUGAAGAGUUGCAAAAAAAGAUUGAUGAGAAGUCUUAUCUUCUGGUGAACACUGAAAGAUGGGAUUCUAGCAAGCAAGCUCAAGGAAUCAAAGAAGUUUUAAAUGGCACCCGUGCUGUGGAAAAGGAAAACAAGAACAAAGAAAACAAGAAUGAUGGCACCAGUGCUGUGGAAAAAGAAAACAAAGCCAAAGAAAACAACAACGGAGGGAUGGAACCUACCAUGGUUGAUCAAACUUUAGUCCAUCAGUCAAAGAGCUUUCUUGCAAAUUCAUUUCUGAGCAGAUAUGAUUCAGCAUCAACAAUUGACGGUUUUAAGCCACUACUGUCUUGGCCUGCUCGUAGAUCAUUCCAUCCAAACAUACCACUUGAAGAUGAGGAUUCCCAAACAUACGAAAGUGCAAGUGCCUUGUCCUUGGCUACAUUUGCAUCACUUCUGAUUGAAUUUGUUGCCAGGCUACAGAAUGUUGUUAAUGCAUUUGAAGAGUUGAGUGAGAAGGCUAACUUUAAGGAUCCUGUGGAGGAGCCUUCUGCAGUUAGCACAAGUGAUGUUAGGGUUUUCGAUAAAAUACGCAAAUUGGUAGGAUUCUAGAGUUGACACUGAUGACAACCUGCAAGGCUUCAGUUUCAGAUGGCCGAAUCCUGUUUUGGCAUCCAGUUUCCGUUUUUUUAAAACCUUACGGAACAUACACUAAACUUGUAAAUGUACAAUCAGAUGAUUGCAAGCUGUAUUGCUGGAGUUCAGUUUACAGCCACAGAAAUCAUCAAUAUGGUAAAAUGCUGAUCUUUGCAUCCGCUGUAUUGUGUUUUCAGCGCCUUGUAAAUAAUGUUACACCUUGCUGAUUGCACAUAUGUAUACUGCGUGAAGGGUUCAAAGUAUAUUUUGUGAAUUGCCUGUUUUUCA